CUCUCAUUUAUAGGAGGCCAUGCUCUGGACACCCCACACCUCCCACAGGAGCUGACUCCAGGAUUCUCAAAAAAUAUGAGUAUCACAAUCUUCAAUGGUAUAUUUAAGAAUUCAGAAAGUUUGGCUGAAAUAUUUGACUGCCUAGGCCCCCACUUCAGCUGGCUACAAGCCGUCUUCACCAACUUCCCUCUGCUGCUCCAAUUCGUGAAUGGCAUGCAGUGCGUGGCUGGUUUUUGUCCCCGGGACUUUGAGGACUAUGGUUGUGCCUGCAGGUUUGAGAUGGAAGGGCAGCCUGUGGAUGAAUCUGACAGCUGCUGCUUCCAGCACCGCAGGUGCUACGAGGAGGCCGCCGAGAUGGACUGUCUCCAAGACCCCGCCAAGCUCAGCGCAGAUGUGGACUGUGUCGGCAAGCAAAUCACAUGUGAGUCCAAGGACCCCUGUGAGCGCCUGCUAUGCACCUGUGACAAGGCUGCCAUUGAGUGCUUGGCUCGGUCCAGCAUCAACUCCUCCCUGAAUCUCCUGGAUCCCUCCCUCUGCCUGGCUCAGACUCCAGAGACAACCAGCCAGAAAGAGCUGGCAACACUGCUGCCUGGAGUGGUUCCUGCAGAACCCACAGACACCAGCCUGACAGCACUCUCAGGAGAAGUGGCUGCUGAGUCCAGAGCUGAGAGACUGACCACUCUUGCAAGAACAAAGGCAAGGCAGGAUCUGGGAGGCGUGGAAGCUGCUGAGGCCACACCCACGCCAGGGUCUGCCGAGAUCUUUGCUGCAGCUAAGGUUGUGACACUUGGCCCUUCUGGCAGUAACUCUUCAGGAUUGGUUGUUACAUCCAUUGAAAGCAGUCCUGGGGAAACCACUGGCAGAGCCUGUGACAGGUUCACCUUUCUUCACAUGGGAAGUGAGGACGACACUCGGGUGAUGGUGCAGCUUGGAGAGAUGUUGUUCUGUCUGACGUCCCGGUGCCCAGAGGAGUUUGAAUCUUAUGGCUGUUACUGUGGCCGAGAAGGAGGAGGCGAGCCAAGGGAUGCCUUGGACAGGUGCUGUCUGUCCCAUCACUGCUGCCUAGAGCAGGUGAGGAGGCUGGGCUGCCUGCUGGAGAGGCGUCCUGGGUCCACGGUGCGGUGCGUGGACCGCACAACCAAGUGUAUGGGGCAGAGCCUGUGCGAGAAGCUGCUUUGUGCCUGUGACCAGACAGCGGCCGAGUGCAUGGCCUCCACCUUCUUCAACCAAAGUCUGAAGUCUCUUGCUGGAAGCGAGUGCCAGGGCAAGCAGAUGCUGUGCAAGGACAGUGUGCUGAGAGGGCUCUUGGGUGUCCCUGUUGGCUCCAGCUCUGAGGAGAACAGUGAGGAGAUCUCGGAAAGAGCAGAUUUCUGAGACAGUCGCCUGUUCUGCCGUGGCCAGGCCACCCCGUGGAAGUUAGAUCCCAGAGAGCAUAGCAUACAAACCCUGCAGUUCUGUCCUGCAGUCCUCUCUGUCCACUGCAACCUUGGCAGAGGGCCUGAGGGACAGAUCCAGCGGGUCACCUGGCCACAUGCGUCCUACUGUUUGUCCUGCACGGUGCCUGGGGCACCAUGAGAGGGCAGACAAUGGGCUGUGUACACAGUGGCUGCCCAAUAAA